GAUCCAAAAUGGUGGCAAAGAGAGCUCAUCAAGGAGAAGGAUCAAGGCAACCGCCGCCUGCUCAACAACCACCACAAGUUUAGGAGGAAGAUGAGCAAUAAGAUGAUGAGGGAGAGGGACCAGGCGACUCAUAGUUCAGAUUCCGCAGCUCCACCUUUUUCUUAUUCAAAGUGAUAAGCUACUGGAAACAAGAUGUUGGAUACUAUGCAGCAUGCAAGAAAUAAGUCGAUAAGGUCGGAUUCGGGACCUAUUAGACCUUUGAAUGCCGAAAAUUCUCAAUGUCUUCAUGGGCGACUUGAUGACGGCUUAUGACAUCUCAACUGGUACUUUUAUUUUUGGGGAAGGAGACUCGAAGAAGGUGUUCGACUUCACGCCUGAGGAUGUGCCACGUGUGUAUUACAUUCCUCUAGGUAGGGCUAUGGUUGAUACGAAGAACAUUGAGGGGGCGAUGCUCGACAGUUUCAGCAAGGAUGUCGGCCUAACUCCCAACAGGAGUCACAAUGUACAAAUCAAGAAGCUACGAGAGUUGGUCAUUCUAGCAGAAGGUCCUACACCACCUGUUGACAUGGUUGUCAAGCAAUUCUUGUUGCUAGCGACUGGUUCGUUACUCGUGCCAACAUUUGCUCGGAUGUGCAAACUGGACUUUGCCCCAUACAUUGGUGGGAGUGUUGAGGACGUUAGGUGGAGAGAGACAGGGGGACAGUGGAGAGCAGGCUGGAUCACCUCCUCAUCUAGUUUCUCUCUAGUCUUCUCCGCUUGUUUCUCUACCACCUCCUCACUAUUCUUCUCUUGAGGAUCUUUUUCACAUUUCUCUCCAGUAUUCUCUACUUGUGGCUCGACAUCCUUCUCUCUAGUAUAGGUACACCAAUCGUACACCCUAACGUCCUCAACACUCCCACCAAUAUAUGGGGCAAAGUCCAGUUUUCACAUCCAAGCAAAUGUUGGCACGAGCAACGAGCCAGUCGCUAGCAAAAAGAAUUGCUUGACAUCCAUUUCAAGAGCUGGCCUACGACCUUCUGCUGGAAUGGCCAACUCCUGCAUUUUCUUGAUUUGAACAUUGCGGCUAGUGUUAGGAGUCAUGCCAACAUCUUCGCUGAAACUUUCGAGCAUCGCCCCCUCAAUGUUCUUCAGAUCAACCACAACCCGACCUAGAGGAAUGUCGUACACACGUGCCCAUCCUCAAGUGUGAAGUCUAACACAUUCUUCGAAUCUCCUUCCCCGAAAAUAAAAGUACCGGUUGAGA